ACGCAACCCGGGCUGCGAGGAGUCCAGACUCUCAGACAGCCGGCCUCCCUGCGAUGUUCAGCCGACUCCCGGAGGCAGACUGACCACCGGCAGACCCGCACUGACCGCUCGCCCCCCCCCCCCCAGACCAGCGUGGCCCACCGACUCCGAGCUGCAGGAGGAAGACGCAAAAAUGUUGGAAAGGCGAGGUCAAAAGAAGUCCAUCUUUCUGUCCUCAUUAUUAGUGUGCUGCAUGAUCGCGAGCGCGGAGUAUUCCAGCUGCGGAGAGUACGAGUUCUUCAACCAGACCAGCAACAGCUGCCAGGCCUGUCCGCAGUGCCAGCCGGGCCAGGAGCCGCACAUGACUUGCGGCUACGGCGUGAAGGAUGAAGACUUUGCCUGCGUGCCUUGCCCGCAGGGAAAAUACUCCAAGGGGAAGUACGAGAUCUGCAGACGUCACAAAGACUGCGACGCUCUGUACAAAGCCACGGUGCGCGUCGCCGGAACCCCGGACAGCGACGCCGAGUGCGGACCCUGCUUACCUGGGUAUUACAUGCUGCAAAACAGACCCAGAAACCUCUAUGGGAUGGUCUGCCACUCCUGCCAGAACGCUCCACGCAACACCAAAGAAUGCAUGCAGAGCAGCAAGCCGAAGGAAAAACCUCCGAUCGACCCUGGAAGCACGACUGUCUUCCCCCAUCUCAAUAAAGAUUCUGCAGGACAAAGUCACCUGGCCACAGCUCUCAUUAUUGCCAUGUCAACCAUCUUCAUCAUGGCCAUUGCCAUCGUUCUCAUCAUCAUGUUUUACAUCCUGAAGGCCAAACCGAGCGGCCAGGCAUGUUGUUCUGGACAAGUCGUGAAAGCGGUGGAGGCACAGGCCAACAAACAGGAAGACAAGAAAGAUGUCCCUGAUAAUGUGGUGAUCUACUCGGAGAAAGACGAGUUCGACAAACUGAAAGCUGCUCCUCAGAAGGCAGUGAAAAGUGAAAAUGACGCGUCGUCAGAAAACGAGCAGCUGCUGAGCCGCAGUAUCGACAGCGACGAGGAACCAGCGCCGGACAAGCAGGGGUCGGCCGAAACCACCAACAUCAACCCCAACCUGUGCCUCGUCAACCUGGGCAACAAGCCCGACCUCUGCCCGCUUUCCCUGGGAUGCCUGGACCACGGCCAUCCCUGCAGCGGCACGCCCGCUGCUGCUGCCGCUGCCCAGGCCAACAAUGUCCCGAGUCCCGCCCACAUCGGCAACGUCAAUCACAUCGCGAGCAGCAACCACAUCAGCAGCAUGAACGCAAUCAACAACAACAAUAAAACCCCAGGGAUGCUGCAGAGUCGAAGGAAAAAGAUCCUCGAUCUGUACGCCAGAGCCUGCAAUGUCACCGAGGGCCUGAGCCCGACAGAGCUUCCCUUCGACUGCUUGGAGAAGGCCAGCCGCAUGCUGAGCUCCUUCUACAGCAGCGAGGCGGCCGUGGUCAAGACGUGGAGGCACCUGGCCGAGAGCUUCGGCCUCAAGCGCGACGAGAUCGGCGGCAUGAGCGACGGCCUGCAGCUCUUCGAGAGGGUGAGCACGGCGGGCUACAGCAUCCCCGACCUGCUGACCCGCCUGGUGCAGAUCGAGAGGCUGGAUGCCGUGGAGUCGCUCUGCGCGGACGUGCUGGGCAGCAGCGAGGUGGCCGGACGGCAGGGCAUCGGCGGCUUCCACAGCCAGCUGGCGUGCCCGUCGCCGUGCCAGUCGCCCUCCCAACGCUGCGCCAGCGUCUGAUCAUGCGGCGGAGCGGAGACUUGAGAGACUCCAGAGCCUUGAAAUAUAAGAAAGGACUCGCACCGCUCCGACAAGGAGGGCCGCACAUCUGCAGUGCGCCCCUGCGCCCAUCACAUGAAGAAUGUCUGUGGACUUUAAAUCCACUCAACUUUGCUCCUAUCAUGGACUUUCCCAUCAAGAGACUGUUGUUUCUUAAAGUGCCUUCACGCUCUGUCACUGUUUCAGAGUCGGAGACAUUACAGAGAGAAAAACUGUCAAACACCUCAGAUUUUGGAUUUUUAUGCUUAUUUGCUGUUUUUUUCCAUCGAUGGAAAUUUUGUAACAUUUGCUAGAUUGUAUUUUGUUCAAUUUUUUUUUUGUGUUUGUUUUGUUUUAAACACCGGGCAAUAUUAGCAGGAAAAUAGCCAGAUGAAUUUGCGCUGGACGCAAAAAAAUUAGUAAAGUUUUUAAAAUCCGUAAGGCCAAAUUAAUUUUAAGAUUCAAUAAUCUGAUCGACUGUAAACUAGGGAGGGUGACGGUUACCUCUUAGCCAGCUACUCACAUACAUUUCAUUUUUAAAGCAGACAGGACCCCAUCGGCGUAAGUGGUAGAGUACAGGUACGUCUCAAAAAAUUAUACUGAAAAAGUGCAAUUUUUCUUCUCAUUGAAUUCAGAAAGUGAAAUAAUUCAAAUAAAUAUAUUUUUUUAGAUUAUUACACACAAUCUUACUGUUUUAGUGCCUUUUUCAUUUCAUUCUUUUCAGAUUUAGCUUAUAAUAAAUGAAAUCAAUAAUAUUAAAAGUACAUUUCCUAAAAUUAGAUGUUUUUCUUAUUGUUUCAACAGAAGAACAUUAUUACAGUUACAAUUUGAGAAAUUAAUUUCAAUUUCAUCUAAAGUAAGCAGGAUAAAGCAAUGCUGCAUAUUGUAGUGUUACUAGCCUGAGAAGUUCAUUUGUACCGUAAUUCUUGCUUUUUGCAAUAAAAACACAACUGAAGAUGCAAAUUGAAACGUAUGCAGAGCAAAAUAAAGCGCAAUCCAGAGACUAUAACCAACUAUAAGAUAGAAAGUUAGCAACAAUUGCACAACGGAUUUUUCUUCAAAAAGUGUCUCAGUGAGAGUUUGAACUGUUUAAAUCAGGAUCCAGUUUGCAUUCUGCGGAUAAAGAACUUCACGUUACUGAGCCUAAAGUUCUCAGUGAAACCAAAGGUCACUCAGACGCCGACUGUGAGGAUAUAAGCUUUAACAAAUUUAAUGAAAUGAUGAAAUCUCUGUUUCUGAAGAGCACGGUUGUGUUGAUUUCCUCUCCAAGAGCUCUGUUUUUCUAAAGAGUGUAGAAGUGGACAACUUUUAAAGGAUAGGCUGAUCUUUUGAGGUGCACCUGUUUUUUGCCGACACAGAUGAACACCCGACCCUUCUCAACUGACCACUGUCGGCAGCACAUUUUAGAAAGACCCAACAAGAAGGUUCCGGUUCAAACACCAGCUGGGCCUUUCUGUGUGGAGUUUGCAUGUUCUUCAUCUAACCCUACGUAAGAUUCAGCUGUAUAAAUGAUGGACGGACAAUACUUGCUGUACACAAUUUCAUGAAGAACCAGAAACACUACAGAUAGGAUUCCCCCGUUUCUGCUCAUACUUUAUCCACUUGACUUGUGCUGCCACCAAACCUGAUUAGGAAUAAGUGUCUUAUUUCACAGUAUCCUAUGUCUGAAUGCAGGAAGCAGCCUCCGUUGGCCGCAGCAGCAGCAGCUAAAUGAGUGUUUGUGCUGUGCCAUCAUCACACAGGAGCCUUGCCAUAUGAGCUUCGAACUUGGAAUCCAAUCAUUAAACCAGCUGGAAAAGCUAAAACAACAACUGUUGAGCCUACUAGUGAACUUUGAACAUUUCAGAAGUUCUUUUGCAGAUAAGUAAUUUCACUACCGAAUGCCCAAAAGAAAACCAUUAUUUUUUAAUAAUAAGGUUUUUUUGUUGUUUGAUUAAAAAUAAUCAAUUUCGGGGUGACCAUGCGAUCUUGUUUACUUCAAAACACCGACUCAGAUUCACUCAUCGAUAAACGUAAGUGUGGCGAGAGUGGAAUGGCUGAUUACAAGCAGAUGUAGCGUACGGAAAAGUUCAACCAACCGCUCCGCUAAGGCAGAAAACCUCAGAACACAUGGGUCCAUUUUAAGUGGCGUGUUCAACAUUGGAGCAUUAAUCCCAUAUAGUGGUUGGGCUCUGCCUCCGCACACGUGUCCACAAUCUAUUUACUACAACUUUUAACACACAGUUCAACACACUCGCAGCUACUUCCUCAUCAGUGACCCAGCCUGUGACCCGCCGCAUAUUUGUGCCUCCCCUACCCCCACACGGGCCAGCGCUGCGGUGUACAGCGCUGCCGCCAGCCCUAAUUAUUUGGCGUGUGGCUCCCCGUGCCCCUAAUAGGCUGAAGUGUUGUGGUUUACAGAGCGGGUGCAAAGUGCCUGUGAUUUCCAGCACCUAAUUAAGCAUUUAGGGCCACUGAAAGCCCAGUGGAAAAGCCGUAAAAAAAAAAAAAAAAAA